CACAAUAUCUAUAUAAAUCCAUUCUAUAACUUCAACAAAAACAUAACAAUUAACACAUUCCCUUUGCUUUGUUUAGAAGCACCUAAUUAAGAAACAAUGGCCUCCACCAUCAACAGUGUUCAUUUUCUCACCUUAUUUGUUAUAGUAACCACUUCAAUGUUUACAGUUACUAUGGCAAACAAGGACUGGCCAUCCUUUGCUAACUUUAACUACACUGAUUGGUGGUCCAGAUUUGGAAAUCAUAAUUAUCAAAUAAAUAAAACACAAGAAGAAUCCAACAACAUCAUCGUUGGUGGUUCUCAAAAUUGGCACUUUGGCUAUAACUACUCUGAUUGGGCUAUCAAGAAUGGCCCUUUUUACCUCAACGAUACUCUUGUUUUCAAGUAUGAUGCUCCAAAUGCCACUAGUUUCCCACAUAGCGUUUACAUGUAUUCAAGUUGGAAGAGCUUCAUGAAGUGUGAUGUUAAGAAGGCUAAAAUGAUUGCGAAUCACACGCAAGGUGUUGGGGAGGGAUUCAAGUUUGUGUUAAACAAAUGGAAGCCAUAUUACUUUUCAUGCGGUGAGAAAAAUGGAUUACAUUGCAACAUUGGACAAAUGAAGUUUGCUAUUAUGCCAAUGUUUCGUCCCUUCUGGCCAUCAUCGCCUUGAGAUAAACGUAUAUGUUUACAUCAUCUUUCCAUAUGUGGAAACACAUUGAGCUUCUGAGUUUUAUAGUAUUCUCUUCAUAAUUUUUAAGAUAUGUUUCAAUAAAUUAAAAAAAAGCUAGUGUUAGUUUUGUACUAAUUCAUUUAAGAAAUAAUUGUGGUGCUUCAAUAAGAGUAGUUGUUUUGCGUUUCUCCAUCUUGUAAAAUAAGAGUUUUAAUAUAUUCAUUUGGAAUUCAAGCUAUCAAUCGUAUACUGAAUCAUAAUUUAACUUUUUUAUAUUUGGUACACAA